ACACUUCAUAACACAAUCACAUGAGGUGUCACGGUUCAACUACUGCUUUCAUUUGUAAAGCAGGCAAUUCAUCUCCAGCCAUGGCAUCGACUUCUGGUGCUGCCUAUUUUAAGAGGACAAGCCUGUUCUGGAUGGCUGUCAUUGGUCUGUCCAUGGGAUUCUUUGCAUGGACAGUUUUCUGGCCUACAACCGUUCCUUAUAAGUUCUUGGGACCAUUAGGAUCCUUUGCUGAGUACACAGUGAAAAGUCACCCCACACUCAUGUAUUAUGGGUUUUGGGGAGCGUGGAUAGUGCACUUUCUGGAGGCUGUAUACAGUGCCUGGCUUUGCAGAUCAAAAGGAAUUACAGACACCAGUGUGCAAAUCCUUUGGGUCCUACAGACAUUUCUCUUUGGAAUAUCAUCUCUCUCGCUGAUUCUUGCAUACAACCCUGGUUCAACAAAAAAAACGAGAUAGGAAUCUGAAGAGAACCUGUGCAUAAUUCAAACUUUUUAAUAUUACAUACUAAGCAUUACACUAGGCUGGAAACUUCCAUCAAAAUGAAUACUAUGGUUAACAACUGACCAAGUAUUAUUAUGUGCCUUUCAAGCAGCACUGUCCCAUAAUUACAAUACUGAAAUAAAGCAAGAGAUGAGCAUA